UUUCUUUGGAAAAAAGAACAUAUGCAAUCAUAACAGCAGCGCUUUUGCCAGAAUUGAGUCAGUCACUCGUCCGCUCAGUCGACUAAUACGAAAAUUAAAACAAAACGAAGUUUAAACAAAGUUUCUUUACAGAAAUUGUGAAAUUCCAAUAGCUUUGCGCAUCGAAAAACUGUCGCCUUUGUUUCGAACAAAAAGCUCCGAAGAUGCUGUCCCGUUUGGCCUGUGGUAGACCCUUCGUCUCGUCGGCAUUGAUCAAAUCGGCCCUGCAAACAGUUCCAAAGCGCCCUCAGCUCCAGCCAGUGUUCCGCCAGUACGCACGCGAUGUGAAGGGAGGCAGCAGCCCGGGCAGCAGCAGCUGGACAUCGCGCGCCGAGCGAAUGACGUUGCGGGAGCGGGCAAUGGCUCCACCCGGUCCGAAUGCGUACGCGAUCGGCAAGGGAGCGGUGGCGGGUGGUGCCGCCCUCGGCCUCGGUGCGCUGUGCUUCUACGGGCUUGGGUUGGGCAGUGGCACGAGCACGCUGGAAAAUUCGCACCUGUGGCCCGAGUUCGUGAAGCAGCGCAUACAGGACACGUACCUGUACUUUGGCGGUUCGCUCGCAAUUUCGGCUGCUAGUGCCGUGGCCGUGUUUCGGUCGCCCCGUCUGCUGAGUCUCGUAUCGAGAAAUGGUUGGAUGUCCGUUCUCGCCACAUUCGCGCUCAUGAUUGGUUCCGGAAUGGUGGCACAGUCCAUUCCGUACAGUCCCGGCUUGGGCGCGAAGCAGCUCGCAUGGGCGACCCAUUCGGCCAUCCUGGGUGCCGUGAUCGCUCCGAUGUGCUUCGUUGGAGGGGCCAUCCUGACACGCGCCGCCUGGUAUACGGCCGGCAUCGUCGGAGGCCUCUCCACCGUGGCCGUCUGUGCGCCGAGCGACAGGUUCCUGUACAUGGGCGGACCGCUAGCGAUUGGCUUGGGGGUGGUAUUCGCUUCGUCGCUAGCUUCGAUGUGGCUUCCGCCGACGACGGCUCUCGGGGCCGGCAUUGCCUCUCUUUCGCUGUACGGUGGUCUGCUGCUUUUCAGCGGUUUCCUCCUGUACGACACGCAAAAGAUUGUGAAGCGGGCAGAAAUGUAUCCACUCUACGCUCCCCGGCCGUUCGAUCCAGUCAACUCAGCGAUUUCGAUCUACAUGGACACAUUGAACAUUUUCAUCCGAAUUUUGACGAUUUUGGCCGGCGGUGGUGGAAACCGUCGCAAGUAAAGUAGUGUUGCGCAGUGUCUGCAUUAAUGCUUAGGGUUUAUCUGUAAUAGGGAGCUGUAUUUUGUUUAGCUAAGAAUAGUGCAUAACUUAUGAAUUCGACAGCCUAAAAACAUCCCAAAACAUGUGCUUUUUCCACAGAGAGAAAUAGAACGCACCCGUUAGAGAAGAUCCCUCAGCUAGCAGUUCAACAUGAAAGUUUCCGACUUUCGUGGCAUAAUUUCUAGUGGAUACAAAACUCUCUUUUUGUUCUAUUGGUCCAAGAACUUGUAUGGUUCGGCUUUCCACGGAUUGGAGCACUUCAUGAAAUAUGUUCUAAGAAACAUCUUAAUUAUGUAAAUAAAUUGUAACGGUUGGAUGUUUAA